UAACGGCACCCGGUGCCCGGCAGGACGUGAAAUUGUGAAAAUAAUGUUACAUAGAUAGUUUGAACAUCGAAGUUCUACAUUGGACCUGUGAAUAGCCACUGCCUAUUACAUAUGAUGGCGUCCUUUGGAAAAGUCUUGUGUGGUACGUUUUUCACCAAUACCAGUUUACGGGCGCUGAGACGCUACCCGAUGUGCGAAGGUAAACGGUUUUUAAGUCAAUCGAAAAACGUCAAUAACCUAAAUCUUCAGACAUGCAGAGUACCGGUGACGGUCGUGCGGCAGUACAGUGUCAAGCCACCGAUGACUAUUGAACAAAUUAAAAAACGUAUCUUAUUGGUAUUACAAUUAUACGACAAGGUCAAUCCAGAUAAGCUUAGUCUUGAAUCACAUUUUAUCAAUGAUCUUGGAUUAGAUUCAUUAGAUCAUGUUGAAGUUAUCAUGGCCAUAGAAGAUGAAUUUGGUUUUGAAAUACCCGAUGAAGAUGCCGAAAAGUUGCAUAAACCUAAAGAUAUUGUGCAAUAUGUGUGCGAUCGUGAAGAUAUUUAUGAUUAAAUCAUUCAGUCCUGUAUAUCUAAAUGUAGUUUUUCCAAAUAUUAUAAUAACUCAUUGGAACAGCAACACUGAUUUGUUAUUUUUAUAAGAAUAUAAGUAUAGUUUUGAAAAACUA